UGCCGCCCCCCCUUCCCCAACCCCUAGCCCGGCCGCGGGCUCAGAGCGAGAUCGGCAACAAUGUUUACGUUCCGGGGAUUAUGACGUCGACGCCUCCCCCCCCCUACAACUGCUGAAAAUGGUUUCCUAGGACUUUGCAAACGGAUCUGCUUAAGUGUUGGUGCAAAACUUUGUAGAUCUCGGCUCUGGCUUGCUUUAUUUAUUUUUUGAUUUGUUUUCUUUGGUCUUCUCUCCUUACCCCCUCCGCCAAAAUGCAGGGGACAGGAGUGUUGACAAUUAAUUGGUGAACUCUCCUAAAAAAAUGGAGGCAGAGAAAGACUCUGGAAGAAGAUUGCGCCCGAUUGACCGCCAGAGAUACGACGAGAACGAAGACGUGUCGGACGUGGAGGAGAUCGUUAGUGUCCGCGGCUUCAGCCUGGAGGAGAAGCUGCGCAGCCAGCUGUACCAGGGGGACUUCGUGCACGCCAUGGAGGGCAAAGAUUUCAACUAUGAGUACGUGCAGAGAGAAGCUCUGAGGGUUCCCUUGAUAUUUCGAGAAAAGGAUGGACUGGGAAUUAAGAUGCCUGACUCUGACUUCACAGUCCGAGAUGUCAAACUCCUAGUGGGCAGCCGGCGGCUGGUGGACGUGAUGGAUGUGAACACUCAGAAGGGCACAGAGAUGAGCAUGUCCCAGUUUGUGCGAUACUACGAGACACCCGAGGCCGAGCGGGACAAGCUGUACAACGUCAUCAGCCUGGAGUUCAGCCACACCAAGCUGGAGCACCUGGUCAAGCGUCCCACUGUGGUAGACCUGGUGGACUGGGUGGACAACAUGUGGCCGCAGCACUUGAAGGAGAAGCAGAUGGAAGCCACAAACGCCAUUGCAGAGAUGAAGUACCCGAAAGUGAAGAAGUACUGUCUGAUGAGCGUGAAAGGUUGUUUCACUGACUUCCACAUCGACUUUGGAGGCACUUCCGUUUGGUACCAUGUUUUCCGGGGUGGGAAGAUCUUUUGGCUGAUUCCUCCAACCCUGCACAACUUGGCGCUGUACGAGGAGUGGGUGCUGUCAGGCAAACAGAGUGACAUCUUCCUGGGAGACCGUGUGGAGCGCUGCCAAAGAAUUGAGCUGAAACAGGGCUACACGUUUUUCAUCCCUUCCGGCUGGAUCCAUGCAGUCUACACCCCUGUAGACUCUCUGGUAUUCGGUGGAAACAUCCUGCACAGCUUUAAUGUGCCCAUGCAGCUGCGGAUUUAUGAGAUCGAGGACAGAACACGGGUGCAGCCCAAAUUCCGUUACCCCUUCUACUAUGAGAUGUGCUGGUAUGUCCUGGAGAGAUACGUGUACUGUGUGACCCAGAGGUCCUACCUCACUCAGGAAUACCAGAGAGAAUCAAUGCUGAUUGAUACCCCAAGAAAGCCCAGUAUAGACGGCUUCUCAUCUGAUUCCUGGCUGGACAUGGAGGAGGAGUCUUGUGAGCAGCAGCCCCAGGAGGAGGAGAAGGAGGAGGAGGAGGAAGAAGAGGGUGCAGAUAAGGUGCCCAAGCCACCUGCUGAUGGCCCUGCCUCACCCACCAGCAUCCCCUCUGAGGACCAGGAGCCCCCCGGAAAGAAGCCCAAAGCACCUGCCCUGCGGUUCCUCAAAAGGACUUUGUCUAAUGAGUCAGAGGAAAGCGUCAAGUCCAUGACGAUGCCCAUAGACGACCCUAAGACGCCCACUGGCUCUCCCACCGCCGAGGUCCCUGCCAAAUGGACCCACCUCACCGAGUUUGAACUGAAGGGCCUGAAAGCUCUGGUGGAGAAACUUGAAUCCCUGCCAGAAAACAAGAAGUGUGUCCCCGAGGGCAUCGAGGACCCCCAGGCGCUCCUGGAGGGUGUGAAGAAUGUCCUGAAGGAGCACGCUGAUGACGACCCCACUCUGGCCAUCACUGGGGUCCCCGUAGUCACCUGGCCAAAGAAGACUCCAAAGAACCGGGCCAUAGGGAGGCCCAAAGGGAAGCUGGGCCCCGCCUCCGCGGUGAAGUUGGCCGCCAAUCGGGCCACAGCGGGAGCUCGCCGGCGCCGGACGCGAUGCCGCAAGUGCGAGGCCUGCCUGCGGACCGAGUGCGGCGAGUGCCACUUCUGCAAGGACAUGAAGAAGUUCGGGGGCCCCGGGCGGAUGAAGCAGAGCUGCAUCAUGCGGCAGUGCAUCGCGCCAGUGCUGCCCCACACCGCCGUGUGCCUAGUGUGUGGCGAGGCGGGGAAGGAAGACACGGUGGAAGAGGAAGAAGGCAAGUUUAACCUCAUGCUCAUGGAGUGCUCCAUCUGCAACGAAAUCAUCCACCCUGGAUGCCUUAAGAUUAAGGAGUCAGAGGGCGUCGUCAACGAUGAGCUUCCAAACUGCUGGGAGUGUCCGAAGUGUAACCACGCCGGCAAGACCGGGAAAGUGAGUGCCGGGCUCCCAAUCCCAGGGGUCAGCCCGGGAGGGACGGGCGGACCUCGGCCUUGCCAGUCCAACCUGUGCCCACAUGGUUGGCUGGUGGGUGCUCUGGGCUCAGGGCAGGGCGCUCGUCCAAAGAUAUACAGUGCGCCUGUCCCUUCUCUCUUUUUGGCCUACAAGCAAAAGCGUGGCCCUGGCUUCAAGUACGCCUCCAACCUGCCCGGCUCCCUGCUCAAGGAGCAGAAGAUGAACCGGGACAACAAGGAAGGCCAGGAGUCGGCCAAGCGGAGGAGCGAGUGUGAGGAGGCGCCCCGGCGCCGGUCGGACGAGCACCCCAAGAAGGUGCCCCCAGACAGCAUCCUGCGCCGAAAGUCAGACGACGUGCACCUGAGGAGGAAGCGGAAAUACGAGAAGCCCCAAGAGCCGAGUGGACGCAAGCGAGCCUCGACUCUCCAGACGUCCCCUGGUUCCUCCUCUCACCUCUCGCCGAGGCCCCCUCUAGGCAGCAGCCUCAGCCCUUGGUGGAGAUCCAGUCUCACCUACUUCCAGCAGCAGCUGAAACCUGGCAAAGAAGAUAAGCUUUUCAGGAAAAAGCGGAGGUCCUGGAAGAAUGCCGAGGACCGGAUCGCUCUAGGCAACAAGCCGCUCCGGCGCUUCAAGCAGGAACCGGAGGACGACCUGCCUGAGGCGCCCCCCAAGACCAGGGAGAGCGACCAUUCCCGCUCCAGCUCCCCCACAGCGGGGCCCAGCACCGAGAGCGCGGAGGGUCACGACGAGAAGAAGAAGGUGAAAAUGCGCCGGAAACGGCGGCUCCCCAACAAGGAGCUGAGCAAGGAGCUGAGCAAGGAGCUCAAUCAGGAGAUCCAGAAGACGGAGAGCAGCCUGGCCAAUGAGAACCACCAGCCCAUUAAGUCGGAGCCCGAGAGUGAGAACGAGGAGCCCAAGCGGCCCGUGGGCCUCUGCGAGCGCCCCCAUCGCUUCAGCAAAGGGCUCAACGGCACCCCCCGGGAACUGCGACACCAGCUGGGGCCCGGCCUGCGCAGCCCACCCCGCGUCAUCUCCCGGCCCCCUCCUUCCGUGUCCCCGCCCAAGUGCAUGCAGAUGGAGCGACACGUGAUCCGGCCGCCGCCCAUCAGCCCCCCACCCGACUCGCUGCCCCUGGACGAUGGGGCGGCCCACGUCAUGCACAGGGAGGUGUGGAUGGCCGUCUUCAGCUACCUCAGCCACCAAGACCUGUGUGUCUGCAUGCGGGUCUGCAGGACCUGGAACCGCUGGUGCUGUGAUAAGCGGUUAUGGACCCGCAUCGACCUGAACCACUGCAGGUCCAUCACGCCCCUGAUGCUGAGCGGCAUCAUCCGGCGACAGCCCGUCUCCCUGGACCUCAGCUGGACCAAUAUCUCCAAGAAACAGCUGAGCUGGCUCAUCAACCGUUUGCCAGGGCUCCGAGACUUGGUGCUGUCAGGCUGCUCAUGGAUCGCGGUCUCGGCCCUCUGUACCUCCAGUUGUCCGUUGCUCCGGACCCUGGAUGUCCAGUGGGUAGAAGGGCUAAAGGAUGCCCAGAUGCGGGAUCUCCUGUCUCCGCCCACAGAUAACAGGCCAGGUCAGAUGGACAAUCGGAGCAAGCUCCGAAACAUCGUGGAGCUGCGUCUAGCAGGCCUGGACAUCACCGACGCCUCCCUGCGGCUCAUCAUCCGCCACAUGCCCCUGCUCUCCAAGCUCCACCUUAGUUACUGUAACCAUGUUACUGACCAGUCCAUCAACCUGCUCACUGCAGUGGGCACCACCACCCGGGACUCCUUAACAGAAAUCAACUUAUCAGACUGCAAUAAGGUCACUGACCAAUGCCUGUCCUUCUUCAAACGCUGUGGAAAUAUCUGUCAUAUUGACCUGAGGUACUGCAAGCAAGUCACCAAGGAAGGCUGUGAGCAGUUCAUAGCUGAAAUGUCUGUGAGUGUCCAGUUUGGGCAAGUGGAAGAAAAACUCCUGCAAAAACUGAGUUAGUCCAGGACUAGUGUGUAAAUACGGGGUGGGUGGGGGGAAGGGGCAGCGCCAUGGGGAGGGAAAAAGACUUUACAGAAACUAGGGCUUUUCUUUUCAAUUUGGAACUUGGAACAACAGACUACGGAGCGAUACCAUUUUGCAAGUCUUGCCAAGGCAAUGCCGUUCCACCACCCAUUUUGGGGAUGAGUGAGCUGGACAUUUGGGUUAUUAUGAAUAGUAACUGCACUGCUUUCUGGACCAUUUCUAAGGCGUCCUUUACCAAGAAGACAUUCCUGUUGGAGAGGAGGAUGAACUUUGGAGAAAUUCUCUUGCUGAAGCAUGAGCUUAGGAGUUUAUCUGGGUUUUUUUGUGGGUUGUUUUUUUUUUUGUGGUGGUGUUUUGUUCUGGACACCUCAUUCCUUGCAACUCCGGGGUUUUGGUGUCAACAUUAAGUGGACCACACAACACAUCUGCCGUCUUGACAUAUUUUGUUUGGUUUUUGUUACAUCUUACAUUAUGAGGAAUUAUUUUUGUACAAAUUGUUUAAAAGUUAUUUAUGCAAGGUU